CGGAGGCGGUUGCUAACGGGGGAACGCGACGCAGCGAGGAAGAGGAGGAGGAGGAGGAAGAAGAGGAGGAGGAAGAGGAAGGAUGCUGUGAGCCAGGGAGGAGGAGGAGGAAGAAAUGCAGGCUGGCCCGGAGGAAAGAGAUCAGCUGCAGCAUCUGUAGGCCAGGAAAUUUGUAGCGCCCUGCCGUUUAUACCUUAACCAUGUCCGCCGCAGCUGAUGAAACAUCGGAAGAUCUCCCAGUGAGAGACGUAGGUCUAAACCUCAGAGGACAUUCAGAACCAUCAGCUGCCCAAAAUGUUAAGGCUCGGCAAAUUGUUUCGCGGAUUCACCGGGAGGAACUUGAAGAUCGAUACCUUCGCUUACACGAGGAGAACCUCUUGCUGAAACAACAUGCCCGUAAGCAAGAGGAUAAGAUUAAAAGAAUGGCCACCAAGUUAAUACGUCUCAUUAACGACAAGAAGAAAGCAGAGCAGAUCAGUGGCGUCCCCAGGCGGCUGGGUCAGGACGUAGAGAUGGAGGAAGUCAUUGAACAACUUCAGGAGAAGGUCCGGGACCUUGAAAAACAGAAUGAAAUGAUACGCAACAGGCUGAUUUCUACCAAACAGCAGCUGCAGCUUCAAGGCCAAAGACACACGCCCUACAAUUACGUCCAGGCACGGGUUAACACGGGACUCAAGAAGGCGACGGAAGGUUUGAGGGUCCACGAGGCCACCAAGAAAGGGAUGAGGCUGCAGAGCGUAGAAGAAUUGCCUCCCAAGUAUGGACACCGUUUACUCGAAGAAGCAAGAGCAGAGAUCAAAAACUUAGAGAAUGAGCUUGAAUCCCUGCGGGGACAGAAUGAAGAGUUGGUGCUUGCGAUCGAAAUGCUAAGAAGUGAGAAAAAGAAAAAAGAAGACGAGUUUGAAGUCGCUCUCCUCCAACUGAAAGAGCAGCAAGCCACAGGCCAACGGCUCAACAUUCGAGACAACGUAGAGAUGAUCAAACUCCACAAACAGCUGAUAGAGAAAACCAGCGAAUUUGCCACAGUGGAAGAAAAAAUGCUUCAACUUCAGGAGAAGCAAAAAAAUCUCAAAACGAGCCACGAUGCCCUAAUAGCCAAGGGGGAAGAACUGAAUUUGCAACUUAAAGAAGAACGUGCAAAGUGCCUCCACCUGGAGAGAGAAUUGCAGGCCGCCACAUUUUCCAGACGACGCUUGGAAGAGCUGCAAGACAGAAUUAAUGAUUUGGAAAAGGAGAGGGACCUUUUAAAAGAAAACUAUGAUAAAUUAUAUAACAGUGCCUUCGGGGUGACCCACGACCAGCAGUGGAAGUUGAAGGAGCAGCAGCUGAAACAGCAGAUCGGUCAGCUCGAGGCGGCUUUAAAAGCAGAUUUAGCCGAAAAAAACCAUAUCCUGGACAGAAUCAAAAUGGAACGAGACCAAACGGAAAAGCUGGCCAAGGAGAACCAGGAGCUGCGAAUGCGCUGUCUGGAGCAGAAGCAACAGUUGGAAGAGCUGAAGUCCCGCGUGCAUUUUUUCACCAAGGAGAAUGAUGUCGAUGUGGCCGACCUCAAUGAGGCUCUUAUGCUCCUCAAGGUUCAUAGACGGCAAGCAAGUGGAGACCUUGGGUUUUUGGAGAAAGUGGAGGAUGACAGCCAGAAGGAUUUAGAGCGUUCCCUACGUGAUCUUCAGGCAGUUCAUGCAGAAACUGUUCAAGAACUCGAAAAGACCCGCAAUAUGUUAAUUGUACAGCAUAAAAUUAACAAAGACUAUCAGGCCGAAGUUGAAUCCGUGACACAAAAAAUGGAGGCUUCGCAGCAAGAUUACGAGUUAAAACUGGAACACUAUGUCCACCUUCUCGACGUUAGAGCUGCCCGUAUUAGAAAAUUAGAAGCCCAGCUGAAGGAUAUCGCUUACGGGACCAAACAGUACAAAUUUCGACCAGAAAUGAUUGCCGAUGAACCUGUGGAUGACUUUGAUGAAACGGCUCAUUUGGAAAGAGGCGAGAACCUCUUCGAGAUCCACAUCAGCCGUGUUGUGUUUUCCCUAGAAGCGACCAGAUCUUUUGGCGACCAAGAGCCCUCCACCUUCUGUACUUACGCCUUUUAUGAUUUCGAACUACAGACCACGCCGGUUGUUCAAGGGCUCAGCCCAGCCUAUAAUUUCACUUCUCAGUAUCUCGUCCGGGUGGAUGACGGCUUUUUGCAGUAUUUGCAGAAAAGCGCCACCGCUCUCGAAAUCCAUCUCGCUCACGGCAUAGACUUUGAAACGGUGGCUACCUGCCAGCUCAGGUUCCAUGAAAUUCUGGAAAAAAACGGCAGAGUCUGCGGUUCCACCAUCUUGAUUGGCAUUGGCAGAGAAAUCCAGAAUUAUGGCACCGUGGAAUAUUGGGUCAGGUUAAGAGUUCCCAUGGACCAAGCCAUGAGGCUGUACAAGGAACGGGCAAAAGCCCUUGGCUAUAUCGCAGCAAAUCUAAAGGAACAGCCAACAUUCAGUCCCCUCCAAGGCAGCCCUUCAAUUGAUGGGAAUUUAAAUGAGCUCCACAUUACCGUAAAAAGUUGUAACGAUUUGCCGGGCGGAAAGACCAAUCUCCAGCCGAGUCCUUACGUGGUCUACAAAUUCUUUGACUUCGCCGAUCAUGAUACCGCCAUCAUUCCCAGCAGCAACCACCCUCGGUUUGAGGAUCACGCGGGCUUCCCAGUGCCAAUGAAUGCGGAUCUCGACCGUUAUCUGAAAUCCGAAUUUUUGAAUAUCUACGUCUUUGAUGACGGGGAAACAGAAGAUGGGGUUUACGUCGGAAAAGCAAACGUUCCUUUAAUUUCAUUGGCCCAUGGUAAAUCCGUUUCAGGGACCUUUGAAUUAACCGAUUCUGAAGGGUGUCCCGCUGGGACAGUGAACAUUGAACUGAAAUGGAAGCUGACUUACCUUCAGCCGGCCAGUUCCAUUGUAGCUCCAAACCUCACAGAUUACAUCCAGAAUGAGAAACCAGUGAAGGGUCAAGGAGAAGGUCCACCUCUACCUCCAUCUUUCUCAUCAGUGAUGAGGCCGCAGCCUAAGCCAAGACAGCGCUCAGCUGCAGUGGACAAGAAAGUUUCUUUUGUAGAUAUAGACCCAUUGCCAAAUUCAAGUCCCAUUCCUGAAAAAGAAGGUAAAACGAUUUUGCAAAACGCCAAAGAUGAAAAGCCUGCACUUUUAAAUCGUCCACCGGCUCUCCGAGAAACGGAUGCUGACAGCGGACCGAGCAAACCUGCAACACAGAUUCAACAAGAACCUGAGGACCUUUCCCAGCUCUCUGAUGGUCAAUUUGCCGACCAGAGUUCAGGGACUUCAGAAGACGAAACGGAAAUCGAGGAAGCGGACACAGAAGAGCAAGAAGACCAACAGGCCGCCGGCGAAUCGGUCACAGACAGUGACGACUGUGUGGUUCCAAGUUCAUCGUCCUCAACUCUUAAUCAGCAGACCGCCGAAAGGAUCCGCAUUGAGAUCGUGUCACUCAGCCUGACGGAUCCCCAGAUUUUGAUGGAUGUGCUGAUCCAGCGGCUUUUCAUAGAGUCCAAAUUCUCCAGUUUUGAAACAACCGAAACUCCGGUGGCGCUUCCGAAACCCAAAAACAGGCAGUGGGUGUCCUAUAACUACAGCCACGUAAUAUACGUGGACCGAGCCAAGCACGAAGCACAGUGGGAUUACCUCAAGGCUGUCGUUUGCGGAUCUGAGCCCAGACAUGGAAGUAUACGAUUUACAGUGGUCAGUGACCCUCCGGAAGAUCAACAGGAUUUGGAGUGUGAGGAUAUUGGCUUUGCUUACGUGAGCUUAAGCCAGAUAUUUCAGAAAAGGCAAGACCUCAUUGAGCAAGACCUUGAUGUUUUCAAUUCAGAAGAUGACGGGACGGUGAUUGGGAAGCUGAGAGUGACCGUAGAAGCCCUGGCGGCGCUGAACUCAGUCUGGAAGAAGCGCGGAAAUGCUCAGGAAACCUGAACCUGGAGGCCUGGCCAGGUCUGGUGGAAAGCAAGAGAGAGACAUACUACCUUAUAUUGAAAUGUCUAAUUUGUAUGUAAAACCUGCUCGGUUCGCAGUUUUAAAGUUUGUAUAUUUUUUCUCCUC